AUGCUCUCUACUAGGCGCUUAGAGGGCACCUCGAACAAUAAAGAUCAUGUGCGAUGGGGUGCGGCUGAAGAGGACCUGGUACGUGAUGCACCGUCCAUGUACGCUGACGGCAUCGCUUUGCCUGCGGGCGCUUGUACACCUGAACAGAAGCAAAAUGGGAAUUGCAGAUAUAUGGACGCAGUUAAUGGGUUUGGAUCUAAUAGGCCUUCACCGCGAAAAAUUAGCAAUGAGCUCUUUCAGCAGGUAGGCUAUACUCGGGUUUGGGUUUAUGACGAUAUACGAGGGGUUUUAAUUCCUGCAUUCGGGAACUUUCAACUUAAAUAACUAACGACUUUACUUAUACUAAUAUCCUUCUAGGCUUCGGCAUGUCGAGGGAACCUUGUGGGAAUUUUGGAUACAUUGUUGUGUACUAAAGGAAUAAAAAGAUAUAAUUCCAAGCUAUUGUAUUGGCAAGGCGAUGUAAAUAUAUGGAAUGGUCUCCCUUGGGAACGGCUUUACAUUGAAACUACGCUUAUGCCAUAUUUGAAGGAUUUAGGAAAACUAACAGAAGACGUAGAAUCUGCAUUUUUCCUUUAUAAUAUCCCACUGCAAAGCCUAAUAAAUAUUUUUUUACUGUUUUAUUGCAGCUCGACUCAAAGAUUAGUGCUCGCCGCCUCAGUGACUUAAGCCCCAAUUUUGGGCAGGUAUUAAAACUUUUUUUGCUCAAUCGCUUAUUUAUAUAGAUUGGUUAUUUCAAGCAUUUGUUCUUUCGAAAAGCAUUCAUCUUAUCUUUGUCUAACUGUUACAAGCAUGGCUUUGUUUGAUCCGCUAUUGUUUGGUAUUCUGAGAGGGAUGACUAUUGAUAAUUUUGUCCUUUUAAACUGUGUUAACUAACACCAUCUGCCAUCUAAUGCAGUUCCUAGCGCAUGACACGGAUUUGUCUGGUCCUAUGUCUGGAGAUACGUUUACAGAAGUUUUAAGCGAUGUAUGGCUUCCCAUUGAAGUUCCUAAGGUCAGUUGUAACGUUUUGAAGGACUGGCGUCCUUGUAUCAAACAGAUUUCCGGCCUACUGCACUUCCUCGUAUAAACGCUCUCCCCGGAAGUACAUCAACCCCUCCUGCCAAACUAGCAGCUAAGUACCCCACCUUACACUCUCCUUCCCCCUCCUUCAACUCUCUGGGGCGAAGAUAUCUUUCACAAGGAAUAGCCUCAUAGCCUCAGUCGUUCUUGCCUUACUUCAUCUUUUACUGAACCGGCAUCAGAAAAGGAGAUUCUUUUAAAAUUAAGUCAGUUCCAGCUAUCUCCGUAUGAAUACUACUGUAGCUGGCCUCGAUUAACUAAAUAGGCAAGGUGCAUAAACUGAGAAAAUGUUUUAGCUUAACGUACUUUCUUUGAUGGUAUUCCCAACCUUGUACGGGUUUUGAACUCUGAAGCAAAUGGCAUCGAUAUCAAAUCGCCUGUUAAUUUGACACACAGACAUCAACAAAUAUUUAAAUGACCAGCCAAGCCGAGCAUUGACUAAACCACUCCUUGGUCGCAAAGUUAAUGUUGUUUUUUCAAUUAUUAUUUUAAUUUAUUAUAUUUUUUUCUUGUAGGGAGACAUUCACUUUGAUCGACAGAACAAAGGAGACAUUUAUCUGCCAUUCAUUCGCACAACUUUCAACAGGUUUGAGAAUUGGAUCGACUUUUUAAAUUAAAUUAAUUAAUUAACUAAAUAGUUUUGUUUGACGAAAAAAUGUUAUGUGAUCCUGUGUUCUCUGCAAAACGACGUUGGCCGAGACUGGAUUCCACAUUCCACAUUCCUUGAGCUACUUAUUCCGGAUUCCAAAACGCAGGAUUCCGGAUCCCAUGAGCAAAAAUUUUCCCGAUUCCGGAUUGUACAAGGAAAAAGUUUCCCGAUUCCAGAUUGUACAUAAAAAAUUUCCUGGAUUCCGGAAUGAACAAGCAAAAAUUUUCCCGAUUCCUGAUUGUACAGGCAAAAAUUGACGUAUUGACCUGUUAUUUCAAACUUUGAGAAACAGAUUUAUUCUAAAUCGACUCUACAUAUAUAAUUUGUACCCGUGGCGUUUAACCGCGAUCAUUUUAAGCGUAAGUGGCAUGACAAGGUCACCGACUCGUGCACCCACAAUUAGUCCGCCUUGACAUUUUUUUUUUAAACAAAAUCGUGGUCGUUGUCAAAAAAAGUGCUUUUAUUUAAAAAAUAAACUAGAUAGUUAGACAAUUUCAUUCAAGUACUCUGUGUUUUUGUAUACUGGCAAUGUUAAAAGUUAAUACUUCCACUAUAAAGGACGACUUAAAGGGGUUUAUUAAGAGAAAGCAGAGCUGAUAGUAAUGUUCAAGCUCUUGUCAAAAAAUUCAUCAUCAUCGUCAUCACCAAAACCAGAGCAACACCGUCAUAUAUGGAAUCAUUACCAUCAAUCUUCAUUGUCGUUCUCGCAGUUUCCAUGACUACAAUCUUUAUUCACCUUAAUUACAUGUAUGUCUGUCGACUUUCUCCAAAGUUCUCAUUACCUUUUCUUGUUCAUUGCUAUCUUCUGUUGUUUCCAUCGAUUAUCGUCGUCAUGAUCAUAUCAUGUUCAUCAUUGAGUGUGUACCAAUGACCUGAUAAAUCUGUCACUUUAAACCUUUUUUUCCUCUUCCUAGAUGUACUGGCCGUAGAACUAACACCCCAAGGGAACAAGUGAACAAACUAUCCUCGUACAUCGAUGGUUCUGUCGUGUACGGUGAAUCGGAAGAAAGAAACAGGGUACUACGAGAAUUUAAAGACGGGAAAAUGAAAGUUGGAUCUGCUGAUCUGCUACCAGUAAGUCAGAGAUUGAAAUUAGGCAUCAAUGAAUUUAUACUAAGGUUAAAAUUUGGUAUCAUUUAUUUUGUUUAGGGCCGACAUAGAAAUCACGUCGUUUUAAGCUCGAAAAACAAUUAAGAGAAGUUUAAUGCAAAUUAUCAUUCAUUCAAAAUAUUUCCCCGAUUCUGAUUGGCUAAAAAUACACGCAUAAUUCACCUUAACCAGUUACUGAUGACCAAAUUUUGAAGAAUUUUGUGUUUAACGAGGAAAUGACGUCGAAAAUGCAGCCCUCUUCAGGUUAAUGCACCGUUAACCGAGAAGACCUGGGGACGAGGUUGAGUUGUUUUCGUUGUGAAAACUAAAUUGGUAGCCUUUGAGGAGGCCUUUGGUCGAGCGGGGAACUAGGGAACUAUUUUUUUCCCCAAACAGAGAGCUUGUUCACAGGCUACUACAAUGGCGGACAUUUCACACGUUUCAAGAGUAAUAACUACAGCUGGAACUAGGCGAAAUAAUGGCUAAAAACAUAGCAAAAACAACAAGAAGACAACUCGGAGGGAGACAACUGCUAGUUGGAGAAUAUUUACGGAGCUGGACAAAUCCAAUCGCACACCAUCGAAGAUAAACUUAAGGUCUCGGUAAAGGAAAACGAGGUGCCCACAAAAAAAAUUAUAUUCGCGCGAGUAUUUUCGCUACAAAGGCAAGUUAUACAUCAAAUUAAAACUAAAAGACUAAAUUACCUUAUAAAAGAUUUUAUUUCAUCGAAUUUCAAAAGGCGCUUAAAUUUUUUGCUCUCGAAUUCAGAGGUAUCGAGUUUACUGCUGAAGCUCCAGCCCUUUCGGGUUGUUAAAUAUUACUUCCUUUUUAUUGCAUCUGAUUGACAGAUAAAAGACCUAAAAAAUGGUGAGAGGAAUUUUCCGAUUUCCCUUUGUAACUCAUUUUAUGUCAGUUUCUUUGCGUAAAUCGCGCUCGAGAUUCGACUUUUUAGUUUGAAAUGCAAUAAUUCCGCUAAUACGAGACUUCCUCACACCCUUUUUUAGGUCUUUUUUAGGUUUGCAUGGGGACUACAAGUAUUUGUGGACCGAGUCUUAUUCCCGCAAAGAGAUUUGUGUCUUGCAAAUCGUUUCCAAUAAAAGAUUAGUGAAUGAUAAAACUCGUGUCUGGCAAACUCUCCAAGUGUUUAUACAGUUAUACGCCCCUUGUAACUUCAUAUUCACUUCACGACUAUCAUUGGAUCCAUAACUUUCAGAACAGCUGCUCCUCAGAAUGUCACUGAACACACGUAAAGCAAAAUUCGAAAUAUGACUGUACUACUGUAAGUGUCACAAAAUCAACCUUAGCGGUCCCUUCGGGUACUUUCUGUUUGACGUCAUCCUAACCACUUCAUACAUGUACUUGCGCGAGUGAACAAUAGAAACGUCAUCAUUACCCAAAGAUUCAUUGCGGCCCCUGAUCAAGCAAAUCGAGAUUUGUUCUGGUGUACUGACUGCAUAUUGCAACUGUAAGUACUUUUCUAUAUAUACGCGCGAGAUACUAGGAUGCCUCCUCGGGGCAAAUAUCUUACAAAAAGUAGAUGUGCCCAGUUCUCUUCUCGUUAAUUAGAGACCUUUGUGACUCGACCUCCGUGGGCAACCCCUUCCCAUAAGCUAUCCUCAAGUCUUGACAUUUUGAGUGGUCACUUAACUGCAGGGUGGAUUGUACUUGCAUAUACAGUGGCACCUAGAUAUAACGAAGGGCGAAGGGACUGGCAAAAUUUGUUGGCUAUAACGAGGUUUCGUUAUAUUGAGACUCUUUUUCACAUAUUUUACUAUUACUGGGGUAGAAAAAGAAAAUCGUUCGUUAUAUCGAGGAUGUCGUUAUAUAGAGGUUCGUUAUAUUGAGGUUCCACCGUAUCUCAAAAAAGAAACAUUUAUUUGUCUCAUAACAGGAGAACACACAAGCGUUACCCAAUGACAAUCCAGUUGGCCGAGAUGCCAGCCUUCUGCUCGCUGCUGGGGACAAACGAGCCAAUGAACAGCCGGGUUUGAUAGCGCUUCAUACUCUGUUUGUACGAGAACACAACCGACUAUGUGAUGAAUACAAAAGCACAAAUCCUCAGGUACAGUGUUUAGUCCCUCACUAAGGAGAGUUAAAGGCAAUGCUUGCCUGCACUGAACAACAAAUAGAAUGGUUAUACUUCCCCUUGAGAUAUUACCUUUUAAUAUAAGUCAUGGUAUUAUUAUUGUUAUGAAAACGUGGAAGGGAAGCCUGGGAUUUUUUAUUGGACACCUUAAAGCAAUUCCGCCGCCAUAUUGCAAAACGAGAAAACCCUGGGAACGAUUAAUCUGUGGCAUGCUUUGUGAUGACUUAGUAACCGGGCCUUUCACGAAAAGAAGUCGUUUAUUCGCUUUAGUUUGCUCACACGUUGAAAGGUACCUGUCAUUGUAAACAAUUUUGAUCAGUCGCAUUUUAUUGUAUUUUAAAUUCAAUGCUUAUGAGUCUAGUGAUUCCUACACCCAUUUCACUUCAGUUAACUCGCGUUAUGAUUGUUUUGGCUUAACAAACUACCGCCGUGGCAACCUGAAUUUCAGCCGUCUUUUGCAGCUUUUUGAAAUUUAGGCUGAAAUUAGUCGUGAUCAAAAGACUUUGGUAAAAAUGAAGCAAUAUUCGUAAUUAUCUGUAGUUCAGGAUACCUUUACACAACAGUGCUACAUUUUGACAAAUGCUUUGCACCCCCGCCCCCCCCCCCCCCCCCGACCCCUUCACCUCUCCUAUACACUGUACAAGUUUGAAACUCAGGAAGACUUGUGAACAGACGGGUUGAAUGCUGUAUAUGCAGUGGGGGGGGGGGCUGGUCACGUGUUGUUUAAACAAGCGCCACACACUUUUGUCCCCAUAAUGACUGUAGUUCGGUCGGCACAGCACCUGAUUAUGUCAUAGUACCGGCAUAUUAAAGGAGGUGCGGAGGAGCAGAAAUUCAAGAAUCGUAGGAGAGGUUUCUAACCUUAAAUUAUCAUCUGCUUAUCGUUUAAAACAAUAAUUGGACACCUUGAACGUUUUCAAUCCCAGAGUCAAAAUUAUUUACACUCAGUCUGUACACUGUAUAUAUUUGUGCCCGUGGCAUUUGAUGAAAAACGCCAGAGCAGUUAUUUCGUUCCCACACGUGUUACACAAAGAUCUGAGCCGGUGGAUGAAAUCGUAAGGUUUGAUGACAUAAGUUAGGCUAUGCUACUAAUAUUAUGUUCCUGUGCUUCUAUUUAUACUAUAGUAGAAAUCCCCCUCUUACUUUUGUCUCUAAACGCUUAAGCUAAAGAGAGCACUCCUGAUCAUGAGACCCAUUUAAACACUCUCACAUGAUAUUUCGUGGUAGCUGGAUAAGCUGGUUCUUCGUCUGUAGCUUACCUCCUACAAGUGUGUUCGUUUCGGUCCGUAAUGUGGUUAAUUAGUCGAUAUUUGCGCCAUUGAGCUCACGGAAAUGGCGCUGUAUAAAUUCUUGCAUUAUUAUUGAUAUUUAGCUAAGUAAUUCAGAUGUUUCUUGCUUUCUGUGCAUUUAUCUUUUGUUAAUGUUAGAGUAAAUAAGGUUAAAGUUGAGUAAACAAUAAAAAGUGUUCAAACUGAUUACGUUUCCAGGCGACUGACGAGCAAAUAUUUCAGGCUGCGCGUCGCCUGGUAGCGGCUGAGAUCCAGGCCAUCACGUUCCGCGAGUACCUACCUUCCUUGUUGGGGGGCACCAAGCACAUCCCUUCUUAUCAGGGGUACAAUAACACCAUAAACGUUGGUAUGAGCAAUAUGAUGUCAACAGCUGCUUUCAGGUAACCCACGUUUCACAGGGGUUCUGAUUUACUAAAUUUCUUCAUGUUAAAACGAGUCUUGCCUCAUGACUGGCGUUUUAACCAGGAGAAGGCUUCCGUUUUCGCGUAAAACGAUGUGAAUCAUCCCGUAACAGAUAACGAAUGAUCCGCCCAUAACGGAUAACACAUGUAACGUAACGGAUGUCCCGGGAGUAAACAAGUUCGUAGAAAAAUAAUAUCGUUCUUCUGUGAAGAACCGUAAACGAAUAAGUGGAACCUCGAUCUACCCAAGUGCCAAGGGACUGGAGAAACGAGACGAGACGAGACGAGAGUUAUAACGAGAGGUGCCUCAGUUCAGAGCUGUAAAUAGCACCAGAAACAAAUGAACAGGCAAACAAACCUGGUUAAAACUACUGUACACAUAAAUUUUAUCCUCAUUGGUCUGUUUCGAAUUCAUCUUUAGCUAUCUCGCGGUCACGUGUUGUGACUCAUUCGUUAUAUCGAGGUAUAUUUUACGUUUGCGUUUCUGGGUUUUGCUCGUUAUAACCGGUGGGGAUUUUAUAAGUUAAAUCGAGGUUCGUUGUAUCGAGGUUCGGUUCCAUACAUUUUAUUGUAAUUUUGGCUGGUUGAUGAAAAUCGUUCGUUAUACCAAGGACUUCGUUAUAUAUAGAGGUUCGUUAAAUCGAGAUUCCAUUGUAUCUGCUUUGCGUUAGGUUCGGCCAUAGUCAGGUCAACACUCACUUGUGGAGGUAUGAAGAGGAUGGUACGAUGUCUUCGUAUGGACACGUUGCUCUGAGAGACGUUUACUUUUCUCCUGAAAGACUGAAGAGGGAGGGAGGACUGGACCCUCUGCUUAGAGGAGCAGUCAGGCAAGCAGCUCAAGAAGUCGAUCUUAAGGUUUGUUGUGGCAAACGUUUUGACACCCCAAUCUAUUUAUCAAUAAUCUGGGUCAAGAGGCAAUAGUUUCUCAUGUCUGGGUAAAUUCUGGCAAAACAUGAAAGGAUAAAAAGUAGAAGAAUUGACUUGGAAAAUUUCCCUGAAGCCCAAAUGGAAAAUCUUCCUGAAGGCAUUUUAAUUUAUCUACUUUCAAUUGAUUAUUUCUCUUAAUAUAACUAGAAAUCAUGGCUGACAUAGGUGGCACUUUUUGUCCAGUUAAUACCGUCUCAUGAUCAUGGCAGUGCAUGACCACCUCAUUAAUCAAAUUUAGCGGACGUCUAGGGAAACAGACUUUUGUUCCUAAAAAAAGCCCAAUGAAAUUACGUACCCCACCUCUUCCCCCGACCGUCGAGCCACCUUUCUCGGCCAAUAAAAUUGCAAUUAAACUAAUUAACUUAAACUUCCGCUACGGGAUUUCCACGCCUCGCAAAACCAAUUACAUAAUAUACUUUAAAUCUGAUUUUUUUCUUGUGGUUUACCCACAUUUGAGGCGUUUUUAUUACAUAUUUCAACUUAAUAGAUGGUGGACGACAUGAGGAAUGCCCUGUUUUCAUCUGGUCGUGGUGUUGGCUCAGACCUGGCAUCUAGGAACAUACAGCGUGGACGAGAUCAUGGCUUGCCUGACUACAACACCGUCAGAAAAGCUCUCGGUCUAAAAGGUAGGACAAGUAACUGGUUAUAGCGGCCCAAUAUUUGUAUGGGAUGUGAGCAGUGUCAAUCUUACAGUGAAACCUUGAUAUACUGAAGGGCCAAGGGACUAGCAAACUUUGUUCGCUAUAACGAGGUUUCGUUAUAUCGAGGUUCUUACAACUGUAUUACUAGGGGGAAAGAAAAUCGUUCGUUAUACCGCGGACUUCGUUAUAUAGAAGUUCGUUACAUCGAGGUUCCUCUCAAUCCAUUUCUAGCCAUUUUAGUGCAUCGAAUAGAACAGUCCGUGGGCGUGGGCCAGCGAGUGAAACCCUGCCCCCGCCCGGGGGAAUUUUGCAGACAUAUACCAUUUGAAAGCUUAGGGCAAGGAGAUUCCAAAUCAGGUUGUUUGCAGUUGUUAAGUUGCUGGACGUGACUGUACGGUGUCUUUUUCUUUCUGGAGCGAAAUACCGCAGGGUACCCACGCCAUCGGUUUUAAAGAAAAAUUAUCAAAAAAUAAAGCAAUGAAUAAAGCAACGUGAACUUAACUUUGUCAUCUCUACAGAAAUUUGCAUCUGGGCACCGUAUAUAAGCACUAAAGGAGGUACUGCGCACGUCAUAAGUUUUAAUAGGACAAAACCAAAUACUGUUUUGUGAAUUUUAUGGUAUUUUCUUUUUCUUUGCGCUUUGUUUUUCGAAAUGAUAUUUUUCUGUUUUGUAUGAGAAAAAUACAGUUUUACCCAUAAUUUGAUUUGUCUCCCGUGUGCAUCUCAUGAUUCUUUGCUGUGCCAUAUUUUCAUAUCCGUCCGUUUCUGAUAGUAAAGGUGAGUUCCUAGUUGAAUUUUCCACACCAGAACGCCCCCAUUACGUCAGAAAGCUGUUGGAUAGACUAUCUAUGCUUACAGAAGGUAUUUCAAUGGUAAAUUCAAGGUUAGUUAAUGUUCGUUAAUCAUAUUCAACCAUAAUUAAUAGCAAGAACGAACAAGGGCCACAUUUGUGGGAGGCGAGUACUCUUAUCACUGUUUUUUUUUUUUCCUUUAAGGCCUUACCAGUUUUUCAGAGAUCACAAAAGAUUCUGAUGUUGCGUCAAAAAUGAAAGACGUUUAUCAGGAUAUAAACAAUAUUGACUUAUGGGUAGGAGGCUUGGCCGAGGACCAUGAAGAGGGAAGUGAACUGGGACCAACUUUUAGAACGUGAGUAAAAGCAAAUAAUAAUAUGUUAUAAGACUCCGCACACACUUGAUUUUGAAAAUUACAGGUAACGAUAAACAAAAACAAAACAAAAACAAAACACACAAAAAAAUUUAAAUGCACCUAGUUUUCACUGACUGAUACGAAAUAUGCCAUAAUUUAAAACGCAUUGUUAACUUCGAGUGAAGUGAAGCAAAAUGAGAGACGUUAAAGGCAUCAAGAAACAACACGCCCUCGCUCUGGGACUCAAUUUGUCCCGCCAGAUAUAAACCCAGCCCAGACAAUAUUUUAUGCAUGAGGUACUGAAUUGUUAAUGUAAUGGAAUGUAGUGACGAUGACAGUUCGAGGGCGAUACUGAUUUGCAGUUGAAGAGACAGGCCUAAGUCAUCUCCUAUUUUCUUUUUCUUCAGAAUUAUGGCGCGUAACUUUCUGAGAAUUAGAGACGGCGACAGGUUCUGGUAUGAACGUUAUCUUUCAACGGAGGUACUCUACGCGUCAAUAUUGUUAUAGCAUAGAGCGUUUAACUAUUUAUGCAUCAAGGGCUUUCAUUUAGUUAUUUCGUGGGCUCCAGGAAUUGAAUUGUCAAAAAUUUAUCGAAGAUGCAAAUACUUCAUUCAGAUUUUCUAAUUUAUAACACUCAGCCGGUAUUUUCAAAAUGCGAUGGAAAAAUAAUUUAUAUUAUGAUUAAGAGUCUUUGUUACAGCAGUUUAACAAACCCUUUGUAACUUUGUCAAGUGAAAUUGGUCAUGUGCCGGCUAAUGAUGGUAAAGAGCACGCGACAAACGUUCCGUCUGAAGAAAGAGCCCUGAAAUGAGGUCGAAUCUCUAUAACCCUCUUUGGCCUUUCUGAUCUUUUUCGAAGCCCCUUCUGUGGCAGGUUUCAAAAAUCACAAACAGCUUUAAUAACUAGACUGCGAGCAGUCUCUCUUUUUCUUCAGAUUUAGUGAGUGCUCGCAGGCGUGAGCGUCUGGCGCCUUCAGUCAAGCGCGUGGUCAUGUGCGUGUCUCGCGCGUUUUGCUCGAGGGUCUAAGAAAAAAGAGAGACUGCUUGUAGUCUAUUAAUAACAGAAUAGGGUAUUGGAGAACAAUACUGAGAAGUGCGUGUACGGGAAAAGGGGAACAUUGAACCUAAACACUCGUGGGAACAUUCGUGGAAACAAGGGAACAGGAACACCUUCAUCCUUGUGAUCCGGCAUUUUCAUGAUUGCGUUGUUCGUGUUAAGCCAACUGCGUCGCUAGAUUCUUAUCGUUUUUUAACUGAAGGCGACGGCAGCCGUCAUGUUGGAAAACGACAAGAUCUUGGCGACGAGGUUGGUAGCCUCUACCGCGGUCACACAACUAAAUCAGGUUUUUCGUUGAAUUGAGUGUGAUUUCCUUUACCUUUUAGUGGAAACAUUGGAAAGGACGUAUAAAAUUAUUAGUCAAAGUAACAGUUUUUCAGUUUUCUCAAAAUAUAAUCAUUUUAUGAUAUUGAGUUUCUUUUCGUAGAAAACACUUCUUGCCCGAGUAAAACUAUGUUAGCAAAAUGGCGCCGUCAAUAACAAGAGUUUCAGUUUACAGACCCCUAGAACUUUUUUUAACAAACUAUGAAAUAGUAUAUUUAUCAGAGACCAGAACAACUUUAGCGUCCAAGCACUUUACUUAGCUUUUACAGUUUUGUUCUCUCGUUUGAACACAACGAAAAACUAGCCUUAUCUAACGCUUCUGUGGACACCAUCAAAUGACAAACCUAAAAAAUAAAUCUUUUGUUCUAAUCAACAGGAAAUCGACAAGGUCAAUUCCAUGACGUUAGGCAAAAUAAUCCGCAUGAACACUGGAUUCAAAACUGCACCAGAUAACGUGUUCUUCUCCACGCAAUACUGCGCAGGCGUGAAAGAUUUCCAGUGUGUGCCAAAAACUGAAACGACCUCAGUGACGGAGGCCACAAGUAACGCUACAAGGAAUGCGUUGAUAGCGAUAAGCGUUGUUCUAUUUGUGGUGGUGGUUGUACUCGUGACUGGCUUGGUAUGGUUGUGGUACCGUUCACGACAAAAAACUACGAAAGUCAUCCCGAUAAAGAAGACAGGAGUAGACAACAAAGCGUUUGUUAAUGAAGAAGUUGGUGUUUAUGAUCUUUCGUGA